AUGGAACAGGAAAUACUGACGAGUAGCUGGGAGGUAGAGAUUGGCUUCGAUCACGAUUUGCGUGACCUGGAAGACAUCUUUACCUGUACUGUUGAUGAAGAUCCUGUCCUUGAGGCCAUCAACCGGGGAUACCACCCAAAUGUCAUCCAAAAGGCCCUCAGUCCGUACAAAAUUGGCUCGUUGUGGGAUAAGUCCGGCACACGACGUUUUCGCGACCGCGCCUUCACAGCAAACGACGUCAAAUGGCACACGACACGCGAGACGGGCAUCUACGCCAUCAUCGACCAAUUCGUUUACGAUUUCACAGAGUUGAUCGAUAAACAUCCCGGCGGGUCGGAGAUCAUUGCUCAGGUCGCCGGAGGUGAUGCUACCGAGUUGUGGGAGAAGUACCAUGGCAACCCUAUUUCGAAACUCAGCAUCAAUGUCGAUCAAAGUCGACAGUUUUUGUGCAUCGGACACGUCGUUGAGGAGCGAGAUACCAAAGCCGUGUCACCUGAUGAGAUCUGCAUCCGCGAUUACAUAUUCAGCAAGAAUUCUGUUGAAGCGGGAAACCCAAUUCUUGAAUCACUCACCAAUUACUGGGGCACCGAUGGGACUGCAGAGUUGGAGAAACAAAAGCCAAACAAGGCCUACCUCGAUCUUUGGGAGUGUACCGACUACAUCGUCGCCAAGGUAGUUAAGCCUCUUAUUAGACUACCCUACAUGAGCCGGGAGGUCCUCCGAGAGAUGGACGGCAGAAAAAGACCAGAGGGGUUUAACGAGUCGUACGUGUCCGAUGGGAUGUACGUCUACAACGUCACUUCGUUGGUGAGAUACAACAAAUUGGAUCCAUGGCUCGAUGUGCUGAAACUAAAGGCUGGGUCGGUCCUUUCCGCGGACGUGCCGGAGGAGUACAAGGUGAAGAAGUGGCUCUGGAACACGAACCGGCACCGCAUUAUUGGCCUGUAUCGCAGUCCCAAGCACUCGCUCAGCAGCGCGGAAAUACCCUUCGCAUGGAAGACGUCGCCCAGGCGGAUGCCAAGCAUGACGCCAAAGCUUGUCCCGGGAAGCGACCCGUCCGAGGACGCGACGAAAAAGACUUGGGCGCAGGUCGUGCUGCAUCCGCCGAUGGGGGUGCCGGCGCCGCCGACGACACCGUUCACGGUGCGACCGCUUUAUCCGCUGCGGAAGAAGCAGAAGAGGAGGAAAGAGUACACUCCGGGGCCCCCGAAUCCAGGUCUGAGUCUGCCUAGGCCGUUUGGUUCCGUACCGGGCUCGCCGAUGGAUGUGAGCCAGUCGAUUGCAAUGACGGCGCUGGAGGAGAUGGGGUUCGCGAUGUGUCCUGGCACUGAGACGGGGUUUCGUAAGAGAAAGAUGGGGGACCGAUGA